AUAAUAUAUAUAGACAUACAUCCGAUGACCAAUCGCAAUGAAGAGACGGCGGUGCAGCUGUCCAUCGACCAGAUUGUUGUCGCUGUAAACAGUGAGGAUCCGGAGCAACAGUUUCUGGGCAUGCAGGAGGCACGUAAGAUGGUCAGUGGCGGUGACAUACCCAUUGAUUUAAUGAUUGGCCGUGGCAUCGUGCCCACUUUCAUACAAUUUCUACAGCACAACGAUAACAAUAGGCUGCAGUUUGAGGCCGCCUGGGCUUUGACCAACAUCACGUCGGGCACAACGGAACAGACGCACUACGUCAUCCAGAUGAAUGCAGUGCCGCAUUUCAUUACCCUUCUACAAUCGCCUUAUAUGGAUCUAGUCGAGCAGGCCGUUUGGGCGCUGAGCAACAUUGCCGGCGAUGGUGCUGCGGCACGAGACAUUGUGAUCCAGCACAAUGUCAUCGAUGGCAUUUUGCCCCUGAUCAGUAAUGAGACGCCACUCUCUUUGUUGCGCAAAAUUGUCUGGUUAAUGUCGAAUUUGUGCCGCAACAAUAUUCCAUCGCCGCCCUUUGGCCAGGUCAGGCGUCUGCUUCCCGUGUUCUCGCAAAUGCUUCUCAGCCAGGACAUACCGAUUCUGAUCGACGCCUGCAGUUCUCUCGUCAAUGUUGCGGAUGCUGAAAAUAACGGAAUUCAGGCAGUAAUCGAUGCGGAAGCAGUGCCACGCCUGGUCCACUUACUGCAAUCUAGCGAUUUCCGUAUCAUUGCCCUUGCAUUACACAUCAUUGGCAACAUUGCUUUUGGCACAGAUCAACAGACCGAUUCGCUCAUUAGCGCAGGCGGUCUGACCAAGCUUGGUCUGUUGUUGCAACACUCCAACGGCCAUAUUGUUCAGGAGACAGCGUGGAUUAUCAGCAAUAUUACGGCUGGCAGCCAAACGCAGAUUCAGGCUGUCAUAGAUGCGGGCAUCUUUCAGCAGAUACGCCAUUUGCUGGAGAAGGGUAAUGUCAAGGCACAAAAAAAUGCCGCCUGGACAGUGACCAAUACAAUCUUAUCGGGCACCUCCGAGCAAGUUUUAAAUCUUAUAGAGAAUCAGAAGAUAAUCAAACCAUAUAUUGAUUUGCUCGAGAUAAACACCUAUCCGGCCAUCAUCAAUGUGGUGCUAUUGGGUCUAGAGAAGCUCUUUCGAUUCUCCGAGCAAAUCUGUGGCACUGAGAAUCUAUGCCUAAUGGUCGAGGAUCUGAGUGGUCUCGAUAAGCUGAAAGCGUUGCUGUUCCACGAAAAGGAGUACAUUAAAAGGAUUGCCUAUAUCAUCAUAUAUAUCUACUUCAAGACCACAUAAUCAACAUUAACGAUUUUAAAUAUUUUAAAUUUGUUGUGGUGCAUUUCCACAUUGUGUUAUGGCUUAUAGAUUCGAGUUCGAGUAUACAUACACACAUAAUGCCAUCAUUGAUUUAUAUUUAGGCUUUUAAUACUUAUGGCAUGUAUAUAUAUGCGAAUAUCUCAACACACUACACCACUCUGAGUUUUUCCAAGCCACGCAAUUCUAAAGCAAGGCUCUAAGAAAUAUAAUAAAUUAGAAUACGGGAAAUUAUGAGCGAUGAUAAGAGACUUCUCCCAUUUUAAAUGGAAGAUAAAGAUAAACAAAUUAUAUGUUAAAUAUUAAACAGAACAGA